CCAGAUUCGCAUAGCUGGUUUUUGACUUGUCUUCUUAAUUAUUUGUCCAGAAAAAGAGAAGAACUCUUCACAUCAUCAUUGUCAACUUUAGCAUUAUUGUAUUAGCUUUUUAUUUCUUUACGUCUACAAAGCUAUUGGUACAACGUUCUAAAAUCAAAUUCGUCAUCAGUAGAUUUUGUAAACUAAUUAAGUAAAGUUCAGUGAUUAAAGAAGCUAGAUGAAGAACGUGUGCAACGACUCCUCUGAGAUCUACACGGAAUAAUGUCGUCAGUGAGCAAACAACUCCCAUCACGUCGUCCCUCCACCUGUCCUCUCUUCUCCUUCCUUGCUUGUCUUUCUCUCUCAAAUCAUUUCACCUAAAAAUAAUAAAUAUCUUUCGUUUUCUAAAGAAAAAAAAAAAAAAAACUUUUCAAAUUCAUCUUUGGUUUCUGCAGCAGCAACAACAACCGAGCCCUGUUCGUUAGGGUUUUCGGUUUUUGUUAGCUUUUCUUCUUCUUCUUCUUCGUUUCCUUCCACCUGAAUUGUUGUAACCAUGGCGGAGAAAGUAUCGGAGGACGUUAUGCUUCUACACGGUGACCUCGAUUUGAAAAUUGUUAAGGCUAGGAGGUUACCUAACAUGGAUAUGUUCUCAGAACAUUUGCGCCGUCUCUUCACCGCCUGUAACGCCUGUGCUAGACCCACCGAUACCGAUGAUGUCGAUCCCAGAGAUAAAGGCGAAUUCGGUGAUAAAAACAUCCGUAGCCACCGUAAGGUUAUCACCAGCGAUCCUUACGUCACCGUCGUCGUUCCUCAAGCGACUCUAGCUCGAACACGUGUUUUGAAAAACUCACAAGAGCCUCUUUGGGACGAGAAAUUCAACAUUUCUAUAGCGCAUCCGUUUGCUUAUCUCGAGUUCCAGGUCAAAGACGACGAUGUUUUCGGUGCUCAAAUCAUUGGCACGGCUAAGAUCCCGGUUCGAGACAUCGCAUCGGGAGAACGCAUUUCUGGUUGGUUUCCUGUACUCGGUGCUUCGGGAAAACCGCCUAAGGCAGAAACUGCUAUUUUCAUCGAUAUGAAAUUUACUCCGUUUGACCAGAUCCAUAGCUACCGAUGUGGAAUCGCCGGAGAUCCGGAGCGUAGGGGUGUUAGACGGACUUAUUUCCCUGUGAGGAAAGGAAGUCAGGUGAGGCUUUACCAGGACGCUCAUGUUAUGGACGGAACGUUGCCGGCGAUUGGGUUAGAUAACGGGAAAGUUUAUGAGCAUGGGAAGUGUUGGGAAGAUAUAUGUUAUGCUAUAUCUGAGGCUCACCAUAUGAUUUACAUUGUUGGUUGGUCUAUCUUCCAUAAGAUUAAGCUUGUUAGGGAAACAAAAGUUCCAAGAGAUAAGGAUAUGACGCUUGGGGAAUUGCUCAAAUACAAAUCCCAGGAAGGUGUUCGAGUUUUGCUACUUGUAUGGGAUGAUAAGACUUCUCAUGAUAAGUUUGGGAUAAAAACGCCUGGAGUUAUGGGGACACAUGAUGAGGAGACUAGGAAGUUCUUCAAGCAUUCUUCUGUGAUAUGCGUUUUGUCACCCCGGUAUGCCAGCAGUAAGCUUGGGUUGUUCAAACAACAGGUUGUUGGAACUCUCUUCACGCACCAUCAAAAGUGUGUUCUUGUAGACACUCAGGCUGUUGGUAAUAAUCGCAAGGUCACCGCUUUUAUUGGAGGUCUAGAUCUUUGUGAUGGCCGUUAUGACACACCUGAGCAUAGGAUACUCCACGAUCUUGACACUGUAUUUAAGGAUGAUUUCCACAAUCCUACAUUUCCAGCUGGUACCAAGGCCCCAAGACAACCUUGGCACGAUUUGCACUGUAGGAUAGAUGGGCCUGCGGCAUAUGAUGUUCUCAUAAACUUUGAGCAGCGAUGGAGAAAGGCAACACGAUGGAAGGAGUUUAGCUUACGUUUAAAGGGGAAAACUCACUGGCAAGAUGAUGCUUUGAUCCGGAUAGGGCGUAUAUCAUGGAUUCUGAGUCCAGUGUUUAAAUUUCUGAAGGAUGGUACUUCGAUAAUUCCAGAGGACGAUCCAUGUGUUUGGGUUUCUAAAGAAGAUGAUCCAGAGAACUGGCAUGUUCAGAUAUUCCGUUCUAUCGACUCAGGAUCCGUGAAAGGAUUUCCAAAAUAUGAAGAUGAGGCUGAGGCCCAGCAUCUGGAAUGUGCCAAGCGUCUUGUUGUAGAUAAAAGCAUCCAGACUGCAUACAUCCAGACAAUCAGAUCUGCUCAGCAUUUCAUAUAUAUCGAGAAUCAGUAUUUCCUGGGUUCUUCUUAUGCUUGGCCUUCUUAUAGAGACGCAGGAGCUGACAAUCUUAUUCCUAUGGAGUUGGCACUAAAGAUUGUUAGCAAAAUCAGAGCUAAGGAAAGAUUUGCCGUAUAUGUUGUCAUACCAUUGUGGCCUGAAGGCGACCCAAAGUCUGGCCCUGUGCAAGAAAUUCUAUAUUGGCAGAGCCAAACUAUGCAGAUGAUGUAUGAUGUUAUAGCAAAAGAACUGAAAGCGGUGCAAUCAGAUGCUCAUCCUCUCGAUUACCUUAACUUUUACUGCCUUGGUAAACGAGAGCAGCUUCCAGAUGAUAUGCCAGCCACCAAUGGCAGUGUGGUAUCAGAUUCUUAUAAUUUCCAGCGUUUCAUGAUUUACGUGCACGCAAAAGGGAUGAUAGUAGAUGAUGAGUAUGUACUCAUGGGAUCUGCUAAUAUCAACCAAAGAUCUAUGGCAGGCACCAAAGAUACUGAAAUCGCCAUGGGCGCAUACCAACCUAAUCAUACAUGGGCUCACAAGGGAAGACACCCACGUGGCCAGGUGUAUGGAUACAGAAUGUCACUAUGGGCAGAGCAUUUAGGCAAAACUGGAGAUGAGUUUGUGGAGCCAUCAGAUCUGGAAUGUCUGAAGAAGGUGAACACAAUCUCUGAAGAAAACUGGAAAAGAUUCAUAGACCCGAAAUUCUCAGAGCUACAAGGUCACUUAAUAAAGUAUCCUCUACAAGUAGACGUUGAUGGUAAAGUAAGCCCUCUUCCUGAUUACGAGACCUUCCCAGAUGUUGGUGGUAAGAUCAUUGGAGCUCAUUCCAUGGCUCUUCCUGACACUUUAACCACGUAAUGUGAAUGUUCAAUGUAAAUUUCAGCAUUUGUUUUGGGGUUUCUUUUGAUCCUGAAUAAUAUUAGCUGAAAGUGUUGUUUGAGUUGUUGUACAUUUAACUGUGUUGUUUCUUUUUUAUACAUUCUUUUGUGAUUGUCGUCAAAUAUUUGUUGGGGUGCAAAAUGUAGAGAUCGUGAGUGAGUGAAGAGGCAAAAUAAUUUGAGGAUAUUCUAUUUUUCUCGGUUUUCUUUUUCAAAAUCGGAUAAUGAUGCUGUGUAACUGCGUUCAAAACAAAAUUUCUGCUUCGACUUUUAAUGUUAAGAUUAGAUGUGCCUAUCGGUUCUGUUUACCCGAACCAAACCGAAGAUUCAUGGACACUU